UCAGGGCGAAGAGAGGAGGAGGAGAAGAGCGAGAUGUUUUCUUAUGCAUUAAGGGAGUGGUGUUCAGAUUAAGUAAACGAAAGCAAUAUUGGGCGCAGGAGAGAGUCCUACAUUCCCGCGCUCCGAGGUCAGGUUGUCAGCAGAGAGCAUUUGGAGUGGUUGUGAGAGUUUAUGCGAGAGCGCUCGUGUAUGUGUGUCUCCAGAAAUACACAAACCACCCUGCUUCAGUAAUCAAAUUAAUGUCGGGGAUUUCCUGUCCUCUGGCGGACAAUAUGUGAUUAAACGGAAAUCGAUCGAGGAGGAACUUCGCGGGAGCAGGAUUUAUACAACAUUUUAGUGUUAACCCUAACGCUGCUCCUGUCCCAUUCGGGGACACUGUUGAACGGGAGAAAGUUUCGACCUUUCUAUAUUACUAACAAUCAUUCCCCCGCUCUGUCGACUGAGAGGAGAAAAAUAGGAGAGGAAUAUAACGUUUUUUCCCAAACCGAGAGCACUGAGAGAACUGCAUGGGGCGACCGGGGCCAGGGCUCGUUAUCGAUCCGGUGUAAAUAUGACGUCUGUGUUCGGUUAUGCUCCCGUCUUGAACGCUGUUCUGAUCGAAGACAACCCGGGAUAAUAGAUAAAUACUCCGGGGACUUCACCACACACACACACACACACACACAAAGUGCGCGGCAGUGGCACGCACGGUGAGCCCUCCAGCAUGUAGCGGAGGAGCUCACGACACACCGGGCAGCCGACUUCAUCAGCAGGAGAUGAGGUCUAGAGUUAUUAAAAAAGUUGCAUCAGUCGUUAAUUUAUCCACCCACUCUACUCCGUCGCCACCUUCAACAGUGAAGCACCAGAUAUAAAUCAUCGUACGGGACUGGGAACUACAACAACUGAAUUUAGGACACACGGCGCACGCCUGUCCGGACAAAAGUUGCGGUGGAGCAUCCGAGAUAGGGGAUACGUAUUUGGAGAGAGGCAAAGAACGCACGGCACGGCGAAGACAAGCUGUGUGUGUAGUUCGGAGUGUGUAUUGGAGUGUGUGUGUGCGUGUGUGUGUUGUGUGUAGCUGAAGCGAUUAAAAGGCGUUUAAUCCUGGAACACGUAGCACCAGCAGGUUGGCUUCUGUUCACCUGGUACCCGCGAGACAACACAACUCAGUGUAGAGUAAGGAGCCUCAACGCAGGGAAGGCGUGGUCCCGGGGGAUAGGAGCGAUGAGUUCGCUGCGUGUCCCUGUCCUACUGGUGAUGCUGGUCCUCCUGCUGACCGCUGGAUUCUGCAAACAGAGCUCUGUGCACGUGACCCCGGGGGCGAGCACAGGGGCGCGCACGGACGGACGCAACCUCCUGGAGCUCAUCAUGGGCAAGGUGCGUCUGACGCGGCAGCAGCAGGACGAGGUACACGUGUGCUACCCCGCCAAAAAACAGGAGUUCACCUUGGAGACCAAGGAGAGGAAUGAAGUGAACAAGUCUCAUCACGGAGAACACAUCAUAGAGGUGUUCCCCAGAGACCUGAGGCAAAAGGAGAAGUUCCUCAAACACCUAACAGGUCCACUAUACUUUAACCCAAGGUGUAGGAAACACUUCUAUAGACUAUACCACAACACCAGAGACUGUACCAUCCCUGCCUACUAUAAGAGGUGUGCCCGUCUUCUCACCAGACUGGCAGGCAGUCAGAGGUGUACAGAGAGGUAGAAUACCCUGAGCCCAUGAAAGAGAGAAGUGCCUUGGAAGAUGAACAGAGAGACUGCUAUUAGUAUCAAUGUGUCAUGGGGAACGUUAGUUAUGUUAGGACAUUCAUAGAAGCUCACACAUACUCUACUCUACUUUACUCAACUCUACAUUCGGACAAUCUCCGAGUUCAGCUGCCAAAAACCCUGACGACACGUGGAUGCUGUUUUACACUUGGAUUAUAUCAUGACACUAUGCGGGAGUGCUUCUGUGUUCAUUGACAUGCCUUCAUGGGUUAGAACAAACACAUUUGGUUGGAGUUUGGUUGGUGGUCUCUGAGCUGUGGUUGUAGACAGAAAGAAAGACUGACAGACAGGCGGACACACGGAAAGUAGGACAGACAGACACACGGAGAGACAGACAGACACACGGACAGACAGAUAGACACAUGAACAGACAGACGGAGAG